UGCAUCAGCUGACGUGAAUGCCUCUCUGCGCAUGCGCACUCCGGUGAGCAAGAGGCUUUGUAUAGCUCCAGAGGCGCAGAUCAACCAGCUGUCAGCAGCAACUUUUAGGGGAAGCAGCAGACGUAGCAGACGUGAACUUACUCACAGAAAAACCGUCAUCUUCCAGACUUCUCCCUUUUAACAACACAACACCAGUCUACACUUUUUCCUCUGUAGGUUAUAGUCCUCAUUACUGAUCAUGUCAAACCGUGGGCUUGUUCAAAACAUCCGCAACCCUCCUCAACCCCCAGCACCGGUACUAGGAUCUUCAAAGCUGUUUGUUUGUGUCAUGCCCAUUGCUCAGAUUGUGAUUGGUGCACUACACCUGAAUGACUGUCCGCGGCAGCCCUACAUCCCCAUCUAUUUGAUAGUGGCGGGAGCUUUUGGCCUGGUGCUGGCGCUGCUCUCCUGCCUGCCCUGCGCCCAGGAGCACAAAGACGGCACCGCCAACCCACUCAGUCAAGUCUGCAUGGCCUGGAACUCGUUGACAUCUUGCUUCCUCUUCUGCUGGUUUAUUGCUGGUGAGUUUAAACAGUGGUAUGGUGAUUAA